UCCCACUCUCAGCUGGCUCCUUACCGAGACCAAUGAGACUGUGAUAUUGGCCUCGCUCGGGAGCAAAUUAUGUCUGAUACCCGAUCCUCAACGGGUGCUUCAUUGCCCGAUGUUUCCCCUCCGCGAAAUCCCAAAAGGCGACGGGCGCGCCACAACAAAUCCCGCAAAGGUUGUUACACCUGCAAGCUACGCCGGGUCAAGUGUGAUGAAGUAAGACCGGUUUGUGGCGCGUGUUCCUUUCGCGAUGAACCAUGCUCAUUUCCGCCACUAGAUGAGCAUGUAAUGUAGGUACCCAAACCUCACGUCAAUGAGGACGACGUUAUGUGGCAAUUGACCCCUUUUCAGCUCCAAUAUCUGACCUACAAAAUAACAGUCCCACAAGUGCAGGGCGCGCUC